GACCAUAGUGUAUGACGUUUGCUGUCACAGAAUAUCUCGGAACGGCAGUGGUUGGCAGUUACGCGCUGAGAAUUGUCCUGAUGUAACGUAAGCAAGCAAUACCGAGAGUUCGCUAUAAGAAAAAUUGGUACCCGCAAAGAGCCAAAAUGGCGAAAAAAUUUACCCUGUCUCUACUAUUUGGGUUGUGCGCAUUAACUGCGUCCAACGGUUUCUACCUACCAGGUUUGGCACCCGUGAAUUAUUGCCAUGUCGGAGAACAAUCGGAUACGUGCAAGUCUGAGAUCAAGUUAUUCGUCAACAGACUCAAUACAGAGCAUUCCGUAAUACCUUACGAGUACAAUCAUUUCGAUUUCUGUCCUGCCAAUGAUGAGCAAUCGCCAGUAGAAAACUUGGGUCAAGUGGUGUUUGGGGAACGUAUAAGACUGUCGUCUUACAAGCUUGUAUUUAUGAAAAAUGAUUCUUGCACGGUGUUAUGCAAAAAAACGUACUCGGGAGGAGAUGAACAAUCUGCAAAGAAGCUGCAGCUUUUGAAGAAAGGCAUGGCUCUGAAUUAUCAGCAUCAUUGGAUCGUCGAUAAUAUGCCUGUUACGUGGUGUUACCCACUAGAAAACUCCCGCCAAUACUGCAGUACUGGAUUCCCAAUGGGCUGUCUAUCCAAAGACGUUCGGUCGCCAACAGACAUGUGUAAUAUAGGCUACAACCAACCGAAUACUUACUACCUGUUCAAUCACGUCGACUUGACCAUAACGUAUCAUAGCGGUGAAACAGAGGAGUGGGGAUCGGGUUAUAGUCAAAAAGUUGGGCGAAUAAUAUCUGUGAAGGUGGAGCCCCGCAGCAUAAAUCACAAUCCGUCUUCACCGGACUGUGAGAGCAAAAGUCCAUUGGCAAUCAGAAGAGAAGACUUAAGCCAGUCGGAAAAAUUUGACGUGCUUUACACAUACCACGUUACGUAUGUGAAAAACAACACAAUCAAAUGGUCAUCGAGAUGGGAUUAUAUUCUCGAGUCAAUGCCACAAACGAAUAUCCAGUGGUUUAGUAUCCUAAAUUCACUAGUGAUUGUUCUAUUUUUGUCUGGGAUGGUGGCUAUGAUUAUGCUACGCACGCUGAAUAAAGAUAUUGCUCGAUAUAACCAGGCCUACUUUCAGAUAGAGUCGGGUGAGGAUGCACAGGAGGAAUUUGGAUGGAAGUUGGUACACGGCGAUGUGUUUCGCCCUCCACGGAAAGGGAUGCUACUAUCGGUACUUCUUGGCUCUGGCAUUCAGGUCUUCUUUAUGGCACUGAUUACUUUAGCAUUUGCUUGUCUUGGCUUCCUUUCGCCGGCAAAUCGUGGCGCCCUAAUGACUUGCGCCAUGGUGCUGUAUGUGUGCCUCGGCACCCCAGCUGGAUAUGUCUCAGCUCGUGUCUAUAAGAGUUUUGGUGGAGAAAAAUGGAAGUCGAACGUUCUUCUAACUUCUAUGCUCAGCCCUGGCAUCGUCUUCAGCUCGUUCUUUGUAAUGAACUUGAUAUUCUGGAUAAACGACAGCUCCGCAGCUGUACCUUUCAGCACACUCGUCGCCCUGUUGGCAUUGUGGUUUGGUGUAUCUGUUCCUCUUACGUUCGUUGGAUCAUAUUUUGGCUUUAGGAAAAGGCCUCUCGAGCAUCCUGUAAGGACCAACCAGAUCCCACGUCAGAUACCAGAACAAAGUUUCUACACACAGGCUGUUCCAGGAGUUGUAAUGGGAGGAGUCUUACCCUUUGGAUGCAUAUUCAUUCAGCUCUUCUUUCUUUUGAAUUCUCUCUGGUCAAGUCAGGUGUACUACAUGUUCGGAUUCUUGUUCCUGGUAUUUCUGAUUCUCGUCAUAACGUGUUCAGAGACGACAAUUCUUCUUUGCUACUUCCAUCUUUGCGCAGAGGAUUACCACUGGUGGUGGCGGAGCUUCUUGACAUCAGGUUUCACUGCGUUCUAUCUUCUGGUUUAUUGCAUCCACUACUUUGUCACGAAACUUGAUAUCGAAGACGCGACGUCGACGUUCCUGUACUUUGGAUACACCCUCAUUAUGGUGUUUUUAUUUUUCUUGCUGACAGGUUCCAUCGGAUUUUUUGCCUGCUUUUGGUUCGUGCGUAAAAUCUAUAGCGUAGUGAAAGUCGAUUAGUGUAAGACUUGUUACAACUCAGUUAAGUCCCGAGGAGUACACUACCUAUCGGUGACUGUUGCGGGAAAUCGAAGAAAAUUAAUAAUUCAUUGCCUACAAUAAAAAUGGCACGAAACUACUUGAAUGUAUCGGUUCGGUAACUUCCAGAGACACACUAACUGUCAAAACUUUAAAAAGAAUAAUAGUAGAUUGUGUACCAAGGAUGCAAAGUAGGUCUUUUUCGCCGAGCGUUUGCAAUAUGAGUCGUAUGCGAGCGCGUGCGCGAGCCAAAGAUGAAUAUUGGAAAUACGUGAGACGAAAAAAAUUUUGCUUCCAUGGUAUGCCAGAUACUUUAUGUGACAAAAGUACGGUUCACAAGUUUUUUUUUUUUUUUUUUUUUUUUUUUAUAUAAUGUAAUACAGAGAAGAGCACUCUUCAGCACUACGACAUAAAAGAGGCAAAAAAGCGGGGUAAACCAUACUGUGUUACAUAAAUUAUGUUAUUGGUAACGAUAACGAUAAUAUAGUUCACUUAAUGUUAAGUGUGCAUCUUAUAAGCGUGUAUAUAUACAUAUAUGAGGAUUAAUAUUCAUAUGUAUGAGUAAUUUGUACAAAUCGGUUAUUAUGUUAGGGAUUUUUUCCAAUUAACCACUCUCAGCUUUCGUUUAUGCUGUAUCAAAGAUUUUCGAAACAGUAGAGUUUUUGAAUCGUCAGUUUUGUAUGAAUACAAACCCUGUUAUCACUGAAUAUUGGGAUCACCCUGUGACAUUGAAUAAAGAAGAGACUGUCGACAA